AUUAUCAUCACAUUGAAUCAAGGAGAACAAGUGCUGUCCCAUAUUCUUAUCAAAGUGAAUCGAAGAGAACAAAUGCUGUACAAGAUUUACAUCAUGAUGAGUCGAGGAGACCAAGUGCUGUACCAGAUUCUAAUUACAAUGAUUUAAGAUGUUUAAGUUCUGCAUCAGAUUCUCAUCAUAGUGAAUCAAGGAAAACAAAUACUGUUCAAGAUUUACAUCAUGAUGAGUCGAGGAGACCAAGUGCUGUAUCAGUUUCUAAUUACAAUGAUUUAAGAUGUUUAAGUUCUGCAUCAGAUUCUCAUCAUAGUGAAUCAAGGAAAACAAAUGCUGUUCAAGAUUUACACCAUGAUGAGUCGAGGAGACCAAGUGCUGUACCAGAUUCAAAUUACAAGGAUUUAAGAAGUUUAAGUGCUGUACCAGAUUCUCAUACUGAGUUAAGAAGAACAAGUGUAGCAAAUUCUCAUCACAGUGAAUUAAGAUCAAGUUCUAUACUAGACUCUCAGCAAAGUGAAUCAAGGAGGCCUAGUGCCUUACCAGAUUCUCAGGGUAACCAAUCAAGGAGACCAAGUGUUAAAUCAGAUGCUUAUCCCAGUGAAUCAAGGAAAUUAAGUGCUGUGCAAGAUUUUCAUGGUGAAUCAAGGAGUACACAUGCUCUACCGGAUUCUCACCACAGUGAAUCAAGGAGAACAAGUGCUCUGACAUAUUUCCACCAUAGUGAACCAAGAAGAACAGGUGCUAAAUCAGGUCUUCCCCAUAGUGAACCAAGAAGAACAGGUGCUAUACAAGAUUCUCAUCACAGUGAAUCAAGGAGGCCUAGUGCCUUACCAGAUUCUCAGGGUAACCAAUCAAGGAGACCAAGUGUUAAAUCAGAUGCUUAUCCCAGUGAAUCAAGGAGAAUAAGUGCUGCACAAGAUUUUCAUGGUGAAUCAAGGAGUACACAUGCUCUACCGGAUUCUCACCACAGUGAAUCAAGGAGAACAAGUGCUCUACCAGAUUCUCACCACAGUGAAUCAAGGAGAACAAGUGCUGCAACAAAUUCUCACAGUGAAUCAAGGAAAACAAAUGCAGAAUCAGGUCUUCCUGAUAAUGAAUCAAGAAGAACAGGUGCCAUACAAGAUUCUCAUCAUAGUGAAUCAAGGAGCCCUAGUGCCUUACCAGAUUCUCAGGGUUACCAACCAAGGAGACCAAGUGUUAAAUCAGAUGCUUAUCACAGUGAACUCAGGAGAACAAAUGCUGUACCAGAUUCUCAUGGUGAAUCAAGGAGAACAAGUGCUCUACCAGAUUCUCAUCACAGUGAACUCAGGAGAACAAAUGCUGUACCAGAUUCUCAUCAUAGUGAAUUAAAGAGAGAAACUACUGCACCAGAUUCCCAUCACAGUGGAUCAAGGAGAAAAGGUACUGCACCAUAUUCUUAUCACAGUGAAUCAAGGAGAACAAGUACUGUAUCAGAUUCUCAACAAGGUGAAUCAAGGAGAACAAGUGUGGUAUUUGAUUGUCAUCACAGUGACUCAAAGAGAACAAGUGCUGUACCAGAUUUCCAUCACUGUGGAUCAAAAAGAACAAGUGCUGUACCAGAUUCUCACCACGGUGAAUCAAGGAGAACAAGUGUGGUAUUUGAUUGUCAUCACAGUGACUCAAAGAGAACAAGUGCUGUACCAGAUUUCCAUCACUGUGGAUCAAAAAGAACAAGUGCUGUACCAGAUUCUCACCACAGUGAAUCAAGGAGAACAACUGCUGUUCCAGAUUCUCAUCACAUUGAAUCAAGGAUACCAAG